CUCCAUGCUUCUGGUCCACAUGCUUAAAGAAUACACUCCUCACCUUAUGGGAAUGGGCUGGGAGUUGCAUAUUUCCCGGCAAGAAAAUGUCAGAGGUCAAAAACAGAAGAACGGCCUCUGGGCACUCCAUUGUCGCGCUGCUCUUCUUUGGAAUGCAUGUCAUAAGCUUCGUCAACGUCCCGACUGGGAAUUCCGUAGGACCGAGCUUCUAGGCAAAGCCUGGAUAGAAGCGACUUGCAUUGAAAUUGAGCUUGCCAAGCGUACUGGACCAAUGAGACAGGUGGCUCUUAAUGCCGGACGAGAAUACAUUUUCCAGUACGUUGAAGAAUAUUUAGACAUUAUUCAUUAUUUGACAUAUCCCAAGUCUCAAGCUAUUGAUUUCCAAUCAAUUCACUAG